AUGUCUUGGAAUGUUAGAGGUGUGGCUAGUUGUGCCUUUAGACGCACCUUAAAAGAAUUCUUAAGACAAUACAAUCUUGACAUUGUGAUCCUGUUGGAAACAAAAGUUAGCGGUAAUAAUGCUAGAAGAAUUAUCCAAGGUGCUGGUUUCAACUAUUUCAUUAUUGAGGAAGCUCAAAGUUUUAUAAGAGGAAUUUGGAUAUGCUGGAAGGACAACAGUAUCUCUAUUACAACAUUAGAAUCUAACCAGCAAUUCAUACAUACAAGAGUGCAGCGUCACAACCAAGAUCCCUGGUGCCUCACAGCGGUUUAUGCAAGUCCACAACCAAAUAAUAGAAGAGUGAUUUGGCAGAGUAUUGAAAGAACAGCAAAAAACAUGGGAGAACCUUGGCUGUUAAUAGGAGAUUUUAACGAGAUAAAAGAUGGCACUGAGAAAAAAGGUGGCAGACCUAUUGAUCUUAGAAUGUGUAGAAAUUUUGCUAAUUGGAUCGAUAGAUGCGGAUUAGUAGAUCUAGGAUUUAUAGAAACUAGGUUUACCUGGAGAGGGCCGCAAUGGGAAGGAUACGACAGAGUUUUCAAAAGAUUGGAUAGGGCUCUAUCUAAUCCCUCGUGGAGAACCAAAUUUCAAGAAGCAGUUGUUAAAGUCCUGCCUAGAACCAAAUCUGACCACCAUCCUCCUUUGUUAAUGAAAAAUGAAGGAACAGAUUGUAGGAAUGGCAGACCUUUCAUAUUCGAAGCUAUGUGGUCAAUGCACCCGGAUUUCAGGCCGUUUUUGGAAAAACAUUGGAAAGAGGACAUCAUGUUCAUUCAAAACCUCAACAGUCUCAAAAAAGAUCUAAGUAAAUGGAACAAAGAGGUCUUCGGAAAUAUCUUCAAGACAAAGAGAAGACUUUUAAACAGAAUCAAUGGCAUCCAAAAAAGCAUUAGCUAUGGGAAAAACCAUUUUUUGGAUAAUUUGGAAACAAACCUAAAAAGAGAAUUAGAAGACAUUCUUGACAAAGAGGAAGCUCUCUGGCUCAAAAAAUCUAGAGAGCAGUGGAUGGUUGAAGGGGAUAGAAACACAAAGUUCUAUCACACUAAAGCCAUUAUAAGAAGAAGAAAGAACAAGAUUCACAAGCUUAGAGAUGCUAAUGAAAAUUGGAUAGAGGAGAAACAAGAACUGAAAGAUCACAUCAUUAAUUCCUAUAAAAGACUUUACCAAGAAGAGGUAAUUAUCACUCCGCUACGGAUAGAUAAUAUAAACAUGCCUAACUUGGACCCUUUGGUUUGCAGGAAUAUGGAGAUGAUACCAACAGAUAUGGAGAUCAAAAAGCUCCUUUUAAGCAUUGGUUCCCUCAAGGCUCCAGGAGAGGAUAGAUUCCCAGCCAUUUUCUUUAAAAACAACUAG